ACCACACCCACCAAACAAUAUUUACCCAUACCGGGUACCUACUUACAGUGCGAGCGACGCGCGCGUCACGUUUAAAAUCAUAAUUGUAAAUUCCCGGUCCAGUCGCCGACGACCUUUGACUGUACCAAGUACGGUGUGGCCGCCGCCGUCGAGGUUGUUUUCUUUUCCUAAAUCAACUGAAUCGUACUUGUACUUAAUUUUUUUUUUUCUCCGUCGCAAUUCCCAAUACGUUCCCAUGGCGUACCCGUCAUCGUUCCGUACGGCCGCCCUCGUCGUCCUGAUCGCGGUCAUCGCCGUCCGCGGCCCGGCGUACGCGGCCCCGCAGACGAACACGGACACGUCGGAUAACCCGGUAAUCACGAUCGACGGCCAACAGUGCGUGUGCAAAUAUUUCCAUCAGUGUGAUACCGAAGACAGCGUUAAAGACGACUUCGGGUAAGCCAAUGGGCAGACUACUAUAGUGUAUUCCGUAUGUCCGACGGGCAAAAUAUAAUAUAGCUAGGUAAUUAUUCAGAUAAGUGGCUACACUACGACGAAUCGCCGUGUAAGUGAUACAUUUUUAAACAAAUCAAAAUAUAUAUUGUGUUUUAUUAGUCUACCCUAAAAUUUAGUAAGUAUAUUAUUGGUACCAUACUAGUUUAUUAUUUAAAUUACGCAUUUUAAAAUCGUUUUUUUACCGUUCACCGUUUCAAUAUUGGCAUAAUAAUAUUGAUAACAGUUUAAUACUAUAAUAUCAUUAUUAAGUUAAUAAUGAUAGCCAUCUGUCGAUCGCGGGAGAAUACCGAAGAAUAUCUGAUAGUGUUAUUGAUGAUUUAAAAAACAAGGUAAAUUUUACAAACCAAAUGUCUGUAAACAAAUAAAAAUUAUUGAUUCUAAUAUAAUUUAUUAUAUUAUCAUUGAAUUUCACAGACUUACGCAAUGUGUAUGGGAUUGUUAUGUUUUGUAAAAUGUAUUAUGCUUAGGUAACUGGUUUACUGAUAAAUUGUUAAUUAUUUAUACAAAAAUGUCUAUAAGUAUGAAAGUGUUUCCCUAUAAGUGUGAAUCUCGAAUUAUUUGACUUGUAUGAUUAUGUUGUUUAUUUAGUAUUGUGUAUCGCAUUAAUUAAUAGUCUUGAGUAGGUCUAGUGAGUUAAAAUAAAUUAGAUACCGAUAUGGGUUAAGAUUAAUUUUGGAUUAGUGAAUUCAUUUAUCUAAUGUAAAUCAAUGUGAUUUCAUUUAUUUAAAUUGUUGUGUUAUUGUAUAUUUCUGAAGCAAUCCACGGCUUACUGUGAUACACAGGCUUCUUGCAUACCCUGAAAAUAGGUCUGGCUACGUCUAUGAUGGUAUACAUAUUAAUAUAAUAUUUUUACUAUUAUCUGUUAUAUAGUUAAAUUUACAAAUUACAUUUAUGAUUUUCUUUCGGAGUGUUUUAAAAUAAUAAUCGUAUCUGAUAUAAUAUUAUUUUAAGUUUGAAUUUUGCACGACAUAACUGUUACUGAACGGUACCUAUAUGUAUAAUAUAUAUGUACACGUAUAUAAAUAAAGAAUAAAAUAAAAAUUCGAUCCUACACCACUCAAUUAUUUGUGCGUGUAACUUUUUAAAUUAUCAUGUAUCAAAAUAAAUAACGAUAACAAUGUAUUACGCGUCGAAUUAAUAUAAAAGGUGUGAAAAAAAGUAUAUUAUUCUUGAUCUUCACCUCUAUUCCACUCAAAGGUCAGAUACUCGUGUAUCGUUCUCCCUAUUAUCCUAGAGCCAUUUCUUCAUCCAUACAAGAGUAAUAAAUCAACAAUUGUAUUAAUUUUCUGUUUAUACUUAGGGCUUUAAAACCGGGAUGUUUGGGUGAUAAAACUGUGUGUUGCAAAAUCACUGAUGAAUUUACUUCAACUGUUAGUACAACAACAUCGUCCGAAACACCAACAUACCAUCAGAAACUUGAAGAGCCUUCAACAACACCGACAGUAUCGAUACUGAAGCCGACAAAAGAAUGUCAAUGCGUUCCAACUAGUCAAUGUUUGGACAACGAAUCAGACAUAGAUAUUAGGUAAAUAUAAACCAUAUAAAUCAUCGUUUCCGAGACACUAUAUGAUAAUAUAUUUUCGGGUAGUUUAAAUUAAAGUAUAAUAAUUUGUAUAAAAUAUUACAGUCGAAUGAUACGUGUAUUUUUAGAUACUGAGUAAAAUGACUUAUCAAGUUAUUAAGUUUUUAUUAGACGUGAUUUUUUCUCAGAAAACACUUUUUGAGUUCAUAUAAAUGCUUAAAACUAGUUACACCUCAAUUUUAUUAGAAACAUUUGUCUAGAUUCCCGACAGUUUUUCAAGAAAAAAUAGACAUAAUUUUAGAUUCCAAACGUAGCGAGGGAGCUAUUGGUUUUACAAUGCUAUAUUUUUUUUUCUUUCUUUCUUAUAGUCUGUGGACACGUUUUUUCCUAGUAAACUUGGUCUGAUGUAUAAGUGUUACACCUUUUCUGAAAGCUCAAGUUAUCUAGAUUGUACUUUAAAAAGGUCAUUGAUUUUCGACGCCAUUUUUUAAAUAAAAGCACUUAAGUGGGGAAAAAGAGAAAAGGUAAAAUUUCACGAUUUCAUUAUUUUAUACAAAUACGGACGACGUUUUCCACCAGAAAAAAAUGAUUUAAUCUUAAAACCACAAGAUAUAUUUUUUAUUGUCUUUUUGAUUUACUUUCUUACUUUUUUACUUUAACUGCAGAACUUUAAGCCACUUUUGAGAUUUUAAGGAAUUUUAAUUUUUGGAAGUUAUUUUGCUGUAAUUCGGUUAGAAAUACACGUAGAGAUUGGAAACUUGGUAAUAAUACUUAUAUUUGACUUACCUAAACGUGGUAGAAUUUUUGAAAUCAUCGGGCAACUUUUUUUUGUAAUAAGCGUUUUAAAAUCAAAUUUAAACGAAAAUCGAAAAAUAAUUUACGGCACUUUUAAUUAUGUAUUACUGAACUGCGAUCGGAAUCGUUUUUCAUUAAGCAAUUGUUUAUCGUUGCUUACUAAUAAAAAUGAAAUAACAUUAUGUGUCCUAUCUUCCCAAAUUCUCACCUACAACAUUGGCCGCUCCCAUCCCUAGUAUCAGCUCUCUUUUUUUUUAUUUCUAAUUUCCUUUGGUUUCAAGAAGUGUUGUUGAAUGACGGUAAUACUCUGUGAGAAUAUUCAGUAAUUUUCAUUUUCUCCUCUAAAUUAAAUUUUAAAAAGGACAAGAGUAAUAAUUUUGUGAGAAUAUUCUUUGCACCCUUAAACAUUUUUUUAUUGCCGAAAAUAUAGGCAUAAUAUAAAUGGAUAAACAAUAUUUUAAUGUUCUAAUUAUUUUUGUAUCAUGGAAGGUAUUUAAUAUAUUUCAUGCUCUUUUAAUGUAUAUAUUGUUCAUAAAUUAUAAUUUUUAGGUUAAAAAAUUGCGAAAAAAACCAAAUAUGUUGUAAUUUUGUCAAUUUGAAGCAUCCAACCGAUGAUAACAGUAACAGUGGCGGUAGCAAUGGAAUUGACAAUGGUAGUAGCGGAGGCACUGGCGUUAGUGGUAGCGAUAGUUAUAGUAACAAUGAUGAUGUUCUUGGUUGUGGUAUUGGUAUGCCACAGCCAAAUCCUAGUUAUACCGAAACGCGUAUUACUAGUGUCACAGGUAUAUUAUACAUUUAAGAUUUAUUUAAAAAUUAAAAAUACGUAAUAGUUGAAUUAUUUUGUUACUAUCGUUGAAUUUAAUAUAAUAUAGGAGGUAAAUAAAUUGUAUAAAGUAUAAUAACAGAUUAUCGUGUUGUAAAUGAAAUUGAUAAAAAAUCAACUGAUAAUUUGUUUUCAAUAUAUAUGUACGCACGUCUUCAGACGAAACGUAUUUUGGUCAAUUUCCAUGGAUGGUUAUCAUUCUGAGAACAAACAUAGACGAAGCAACUAAUACAAGAACCGAGAACGUGUUCCAAUGUGGUGGUUCACUGGUACAUCCGAGAUUUGUUUUAACAGCAGCGCAUUGUGUCAGGUUAGAUCUAAAACUUGAGGUCUUUUAUUUAGGUUAGGUUAGGUAAUUAGAUGGUUAAGUUAGGUUGGAUUAAAACAAUAUAUUUUUUUGAAAAAAAUAAUGUUACUAACCGAUUUGGUUAUAAAUAAUAAUCCUAUCAAAUAUUUCCAAUUAAACAUAAAUACUAUACAGGUCGAAUGUUAAGUGCAAAUGCGAUUGAAUAAACUGUAGUUAUUUAUUUUAAUUUAAUUAAUGUUUUUGUUUUCCUAAAUGUAUAGAAAUAUUGAUUUGAAUUUGCUGAAAGUGCGACUCGGUGAAUGGCAUACGCAAUCAAGUGAUAACACAACACUGGAAAAAAAAACACACCAAGACGUUAAAGUUCAUCGAACGUUUGUACACCCGAACCAUAAUAAUUUAACAAUGUAUAAUGAUGUUGCGGUGAUCGAACUGAGUUCUGAUGUUACGUUACAACAGCACAUCAAUACUAUUUGCAUUCCUAGCAACGAAAGACAAGUGAACUAUGACCCACAGUCGUGUGUGUCUAUGGGAUGGGGUAAAAAUGGAAUUGGUAAGUAAUAUCAACUUUUUUUUUAUUCUUUAAUGAUUACAAAUAUCGAAUUAAAAACUUCUUGGAAGAUGCUUUUAUUAUCUAAAAAAAAUAUCAAGUAAUCGUUUAGCGUCAAUUGUACCGAUUACGUCACUGUAUAGUACCUUUUAUUUAAUUUUUUUUUUCCUCCCCGUUAUUUGAAUGCAGAGAAAAUAAAUCUGUAUCAAACUGUUCUCAAGAAAGUAAAAUUGUCCAUCGUACCGAACGAUAUCUGCCAGCAGAAAUUACGGAAUACACGUCUUGGUAAUUACUUUAUUCUAAAUGAGAGUUUUAUUUGCGCCGGCGGUUUACACGGAGAGGACGUGUGCAAAGUAAGUCAAAACCAUUUAUUUUUACACAUUUUAAUAAUAAUAACACAUGCAUUAUGCUGUUAUUAUGUAUCUACCCCUCACUCACUAACAACUAUAUAUAAUUGCUUUUUUUACACAGGGUGACGGUGGUGGACCGUUAAUUUGUGCAGUUAAAGACGAUAAUUUGCAAUUUAAACAUUACAUACAAGUCGGUAUUGUAUCUUGGGGCAUCGGGUGUGGUGAUCAAGAUGUGCCGGGAGUGUAUUCGUCGGUGAGUUUUAAUUCUCAAUGGAUCAACCAACACAUCAAGAUCAAUCAAUAACAGAACGUUGAUAGUUACGAGCGUAAUGAACAAAUAUAACGUACUAUAUAAUACUGUGCCAAUUUUAUUUUAAUGUAUAUAAUUAUGUCAUUAGGAAUAGUAUUAUUAAUAGUUAACAAUAAAAUAUAAUGUACAAUAUACUCACUACAAUAAUGUAAUAACACAUUUUUGUCUGUUUGAUUUUUAAUAUAUUAUCAGAUAUCCUUUUCAGCAUUAACCUAUAUUUUGUGUACUGUGUAGGUAAAUAACUUUGUUAUAUACUGAAUAUUAUUUUAAUUUUAUACACAUUAUCUACCAAUCCACACAUUUGUGUGGGUAAAUUAUUAUCCUUUUUAAAUCCUGGACUUUUUUUUUCUCUAAAUGUUCUCUAUGUUUUAAUAUAGACUGAUAAUGUAUCC